AUUGUGACUUGGUAGGUGGGAUUGCAAUGCCACUUACACAGAUAUGUCCAGCUGGUAUUAUUCUAUUAGUGGGAUGGAGGCCCAGCUGGCUCAAACUUCCGUGUGCUGUAAUCCAGUGUACCCGGUUGUAACAUGUUAAAUGGGGAGCUAAGCCUAGCCAGCUCGGUGGGAUGAGAGCAACAAGAUCUGCCUCUGUGGAGCAGUAUUAUGGAAAGCCCAGAGGACCUUUGCUUUACUGAAGAAGGAUGCAGUCAUGACAUAAUUCUUGAAAAGCAACUCUUUAGAUCCAAAGUGCUAGAGUCUCAUGUUCAGCUUGCUUGUAGUCUACAUUACUGUGCUUUCCCUUUGAAUGGAAAUGAGCUAUGCAUUUGGAAUAAUGGUGAUAGUCCUGCUCAUCAUCAGCCAUUGCACUUGGUAGGACAUCAUCAUUCAAUAACAGCACUGGCUUUUGGAAGUAAAAUCAAUCCACUUCUUGUCUGCUCUGCUUCUUAUGACUAUGUGAUAGUGUGGAACCUGGAUGAGUGCACAAAGAAGGUACUACAAGGGUUAAUGCCCCGAGGAAUUGUUAUAGGGACUCUUCUGGGGAUGGUGCUUUAUGUACGAUUUAGUCCAGAUGACCAGGCUGUGGCAGUAUGUGCUGGAAAUCGUAUAUAUAUGUUAAGUGCAAAGAAUGAGGCUAUAUUAGCUGAGUUGGAAGGUCAUCUGGCUCCAGUAACUGCAGCUGAGUUUUGCACCUGGGAGAGAAAUAUGCUUAUAUCUGUCUCUGAAGACAGAAGCUUUAAGGUUUGGGACUAUUGUACUGGACUGCUAAUAUACCAGUCGUCAGUGUUAACAGUAUUUCCUUUGCUAAGUCUGUUCAUUGAUGAAGAAAAUAAACAGAUUAUUACAGGAUGUGCAGAUGGGCAGCUUUGGAUAUUCAGUUUGCUCAGUGAACACCAUUACCGUUGUGUAGUACAUAUAAACUUAAACAAAGAGCAAGAGAAAUUCUACAGCAAAACUGGAAAAUCUAGACAACAAUUAGAUCAAAUACAGAAGUUUUCUAAGCUACACAGCCCAAGUGACAUGAGACCAGAAGAAACAGUGGAAACAACAUUGCCAGUACUCAGAAUUGAACAUUGUGACCAAUCAGUAAAUUUAGGCAAAGAGGAAAACUUUUUACCUGCUGUGAAUGCCAGAUGUUUGUGGAUAGGAAGCUCCACUGGUUUGUUCAUAAUAAACUUGGCAAACUUUGAAUUAGAAGCUGUUUUACAUUAUAAAGAUUACAGUGGCCUCAGCAUUCAGUUUGCUGGAUCAUGCACGUUAAUGAGGAAGGCAGUUAACGGAAAGGUCUUUUGCUUGCUUACCUCGAUGUUUGAAAAUAUGAUUGCUUUGCUGGAGAUUAAUCUUGCUGCUUUGAUGAGAUGUCAGCAGAAUGAUUUUCUUUUAUAUGGAAAGGAGAAAAGACUUUCCGUUUUUGCAAGUUGCUCUCUGUUGCCAAAUUCUCCAUUGUGUACUGAGUCUUUCAAGAAGGAAAGCAACAAACCUACCAAUAAAAAAAAACUUGGUAUAAAGGGCACACUGAAAGACCAAUCAUUGGUUUUCCACAGUAAAAUUAAGUCAUCUGGUUAUACAGCAGCACCACAAAUGACCAUGUUUUCUCCAAAGACUAUCUUGAAGAAAAAUAGCAAGCUAUCACAGUGCAAGAGUAGUUGCAAACGAAAAAAUAAAGAAUAUCCAUUGGAAAAUUCUCCUCCAACUAAAUCUGAGACACAGAUAUCUGUAACUAAUAAACCAACUUCUAUUCGCUGUAUUCAGUAUUCAGGGGAUGGAGAGCUGUUAGCUUGUGGCUUAGCUGACAAAUCGUUACUGGUAUUCAAUUCCAACCUAACAGGAACACCAGCUGUUUUUUCAGGUCAUGAUGGUGCAAUUAACUCUGUCGGCUGGAGUCAUGACAAGAAGUGGUUAGUUUCUGCAUCAGAAGACAGAACAUUAAGGAUCUGGUCAGUCCGCAGUAGAGAACCUGCCCUAUUUCUGGGCAAGGAGAUGUUCCAUAAAUCUGUACGCUUUGCACAGUUUUAUUACAUAGAUACAUUUAUAUUGCUGUGUUGUGGAGCUGAAUUUCAUCUGUUAAAUUGCUAUCUUGAUAUGAGCAAGGAUGACCAAAAACGAUACAAACAGAAGAGCAUUUGCAAAUCAGUACAGAAAUUCCCCAUGGCUUCUACAGUGGAGAUUACCAGCCUUUCAGCAAUAAAUGAUUUCUACUCUUAUAUUAUACUGACAGCUGGUAGCAACCGAGCAUUAGAAGUUUUUGACCUCAAUGCAGGCUGCAGUGCAGCAGUGAUACCAGAUGCUCAUUCUAGAUCGGUCCACCAGAUCUGUCAAAAUGAGGGAUCAGCUUUUAGCACUCAGCCACUUGAAGCUUACAAUCUUUUCAUGACCGCAGCCAUUGGUGAUGGCAUCAAACUCUGGGAUUUGAGAACACUGAGGUGUGAACGUCGUUUUCAAGGACAUAUUAACCGCUGUCACCCAUGUGGAAUAGCUAUCUCUCCCUGUGGGCAAUUCAUAGCCUGUGGAUCAGAAGAUAAAAGUGCUUACAUAUACGAAAUGCGUACUAGCACCUUUUCCCAUAAAUUGGCAGGACACACGGAAUCAGUGAUCAACGUGGCUUUUAAUCCCUCAUCUCCCCAGCUCACCACAGCCACCUUGGAUGGGAAACUCCAGUUGUUUCUACCUUGAUGCUUGCCAGCCUGUGGAACAUUGGUCCAGUUGUUUUGAAAAUAACAGCUUGCUCAGAGAAAGGAAUUUGGUAACUGAGCAAACUGCAAAAUCUUGCUGUUUUAAAUAGCAAUUCACAUGAUUUUCACCUUCUGAAAGUUCAUCAAACUGUGCUUAAAACUUUACUCAUCUAUAGUAAUAAGGACAAAAUACAGAGUGAUAUAACUGUACUCAUUUAGCUGUCAAUCCAGCAAAGAUUAAGGAUUGACAUCAGUGGGGCUAGACACAUAUUUAAAGUUAGGCAUAUGCGAUAGUGCUUUGCUGGAUUGGGGUCUGCUAUCUGUAGAUUGUGGACACAGUUAAAAUAGGAAAUGAUCCAGUUUUAAAAUUAGAAUGCUGCCUAUAACUAAAGAUUUGAAAUGAUCCAAAAGAAAAAAAAGAGUUCCUCAUCCUUCUUGAAAUGACAUCACAAGUCAUGUUGGACUCUUGUUGAUAUCUGUGUAACUAUGUAUUUAUGGAAAUAACCUGGGUAUAUCAGGAUUUGGUACUAAUUACUCAGACAAUCCAUUUUAUUGCAUUCUAUUACCAAUUGUACUGCAUUCUGUUAAGCUGUUAGCAAUGGGGAAAAGACUUUUAUGUUAAAAAACUUUGAUUUUACAAAGCUAACUUUAUACUUUCAUUUGGUAAUUGCUUAUAUUUACUUUUAUUGUCAUAGAAAGGGUGUGCCCCAUUUCUGUAAAUAGAAAAUUUUAAAAGUGUUACCAUAAAAAAAUUAAUUUGGGGAAAAAGCUGUUGUUAUUUUUUUUUACCAUUUCUAGCUACCUUUCCUUAAUCUUUGAGAAUUCUGAUGUUGGAUAUUGUUUUGAAUUAUAAACUGGUAUUCUAAUUAUUCAUAUCUCUGCUUAAAAAUGGGGAACAUCUAAGACUGUGGGCCUGUGUUUAUCUGAGUUGUGUGAUGCUGAGAAAGCUACACCCUUUUAUAACUGUGAUGCCAAACAAACCAAACUUAUCAGGACAAAGGAUCAUUAAGUCUUAUAGAACUCUUUUACUCUUGUCAUCUCACCUGUCUUUAACUGGCCAAUUACAUACUGCUGACAUUGCUUCUCAAUCCUUUUCCUGCCUUUUCACUAAGGACCAUAAAAGAAAACACCUGGGCUACGUCUAG